AUGGCGUCGCAAGCCAUGCCGCAUCCGCCGCUGCCACCCGGCUGGCGCUCAGAGUGGGACUCGGCCGUCGGCAGGAUGCUCUUCAUCGAAACCUCUUCCGGCCGACAGCAGUACAACUUCCCCGCCUCGGCUCCUCUCCCUCCUCCCGGCCAGCGACCCUUUCCCGGCGCCCGUCACGGCGUGCACGCCUCGAUCUCCGGCCCGAUGCAGACCUCGCCAGUCAAGAACAAUGGUUUCGGCCGCGGUCCGCCCCUCUCGCCGUACCGCAACGGUCCUCCGGCUGCAGGCGGCCGCAACCCCAUCCCUCCCUUUCAACCUCCCGGCACGACUCCAUCGCCCGGUCCUCCCGCCGCACAAGACGCCUACAACUACGGCGCACCACCCCCGCAGCCCGGCGCGCAGCCCACUCCACCGCCAGGAACCGUCAACACCCCUCCUCCCGGCGCAGCGGGUGCAGCCGACACGCUCGGCGCGAUGCCUGCUCCUCGCCGACCCGGGCGACGUCAGUACGCGCGAGACACGGCGGCGUACAUCGCGGGCGACGCCAGCGGAGGAGGCGGGCACGCGCACACCCAGAGCGCGUUCUUCUCGCCCGCGAGUGCGGCGGCUGUCAUGGGCGGAGGAGCGGGAGGGCAGGUCGACCCCAGCUCGGGCGCUGGGGGAGCGGGCGGGCAGUUCUUCACGCCUGGAGCGCCAGGUGCGCAGGCGCCUGGUGCGGGACCGGACGGUUUCUCGGCUCCCGCAGCUCCUGGGUACGGUGCGCCUGGUGCAGGCGGUCCCGCGGCGAUGAGCCAGAUGACGAACCAGUUUGGUGCGAUGGGUAUGGGCGCGGGACCUGUGGGCGGACCGAGGCCGACAGCGGACGUCCAGAACGUCAACCUCGUCAAUAUGCCGCUCAACCCGCUCGAGCUCAUGACCCUCACCCCGCCCGAGAUCAACCUUCCUCCCAAUGCCUCCUUCUCGCAAUCACCAACCCGCAACGCCGACCCUUCCUACCAGCGCUCGACUCUCAACGCCGUUCCUACGACCCAGACCCUCCUCAACAAGUCCAAGAUCCCGCUCGCCCUCGUCCUCACUCCUUACCGCAGUCUGAAACCAGGAGACCCCGAAGUCCCCGUCGUCAGCGACACCGUCAUCGCUCGAUGCCGCCGCUGCCGAACAUACAUCAAUCCCUACGUCACCUUCAUCGAGGGCGGCCAGCGGUGGAAGUGCUGCAUGUGCGGGCUGUCGAACGAGGUUCCGCAGCUGUUCGACUGGGACCAGGAGAAGAAUCAGCCGGCGGACCGGUACGCACGACACGAGUUGAACUCGAGCGUGGUCGAGUUUGUCGCGCCGACCGAGUACAUGGUCCGAGCACCACAAGCGCCGAUCUACGUCUUUGUCCUCGACGUCUCGUACUCGGCCAUCUCGUCCGGCAUGGUCGCGACUGCCGCCCGCACCCUCCUCGAAUCGCUCGACCGCCUGCCGAACGAAGACAGUCGGACCAAGAUCUCGAUCGUCUGCGUCGACUCGUGCCUGCACUUCUUCACUUUCGAGCAGGGCUCGACCGAGCCGUCGAUGCUCGUCGUCGGCGACCUCGACGACGUCUUCCUGCCCAAGCCGAGCGACAUCCUCGUCAACCUCGUCGAGGCCAAAGCGGGCAUCGAGAACCUCUUGACCCGCCUGAACGACAUGUUUGUCGAAACGCACAACACGGGCAAUGCGCUCGGCGCAGGUCUGCAGGCGGCGUACAAGCUCAUCUCGCAUGUUGGCGGCAAGGUCGUCGCGCUCUCGGCGACGCUGCCCAACAUCGGUCCCGGCGCGCUCAAGAACCGCGAGGAUAGCAAGGUCCUUGGCACGAGCAAGGAGUCGACGCUCCUUCAAGCGCAGACUUCGUGGUACAAGACGUUCGCGAUCGAGUGCUCGCGGUCACAGGUCUCGGUCGACAUGUGGCUGUUCAGCUCGGCAUACACGGACGUCGCGACUUUGAGCGGCCUCCCUCGCUACACCGGCGGACAGACGUACUUCUACCCGUCGUUCAACGCCGCCCGGUCCGAGGACGCCCUCAAGUUUGCGCACGAGUUCGGAACGGUCAUCGCCGACCCGAUCUGCCUCGAGGCGGUCAUGCGUGUCCGUGCUUCGCGAGGCAUCCGCAUGUCGGCCUUCCACGGCAACUUCUUCGUUCGCUCAACCGACCUGCUCUCCCUGCCCGCCGUCCCGAUGGACCAGUCGUAUGCGAUCGAGAUCCAGAUCGAGGACCCGAUCAGCGCGCCGUUCGUCGUUUUCCAGACCGCCGUCCUGCACACGACUUCGUUCGGCGAGCGCCGCAUCCGCGUCGUCACCCUCGCCCUUCCUACAACAAGCUCGAUCUCGGAGCUGUACGCGUCCGUCGACCAGGUCGCGCUCGCGACGCUCAUGGCGAACAAGGCGGUCGAGCGGAGCAGCACCUCCAAGCUCGAGGACGCGCGCGAUGCGGUGCAGCACAAGAUGAUCGAGAUCCUCGGCACAUACAAAGCGACGAUGACGAGCAGCGGGUCGGGCGCAAGCCCGCAGCUUGUUAUCAGCGACAACAUGAAGUUCCUCCCGCUCCUCAUGCUCGGCUUGCUCAAGAACACCGGCCUACGACACAGCACGAUGAUCCCGUCCGAUGUCCGCGCCUACUCGCAAGCCCUCCUCACGACCCUCCCCUCGCAACUUCUCAUCCCCUACCUCCACCCCGUCUUCUACUCCCUCCACAACAUGCCAAAAGAGUGCGGCACGAUCUCGGACCAAGGCGUCAUCCUCCCUCACCCUCUCCCGCUCACCUCGGAGCGCCUCGAGCGGCACGGUCUCUUCCUCAUCGAGGACGGGCAAAACAUCUUCCUCUGGGUCGGCCGCGACGCCGUCAAUCAGCUCAUCAUCGAUGUCUUCGACCUGCCUUCGUAUGCCGACUUGCGGAGCGGCAAGGGCACGCUCCCGGUCCUCGACAACCCGUUCUCGCAGCGGGUCAACGCGAUCAUCGGCAAAGUGCGCGAGGCACGGCGCGGACCUUACUACCCGCACCUGUACAUCGUCAAGGAGGAUGGCGACCCCGCGCUGCGGCAGUGGGCGCUGAGUUGCCUCAUCGAGGACCGCCUCGAGACGCUGCCGAGUUAUCAGCAGUGGGUGGGCAAGCUCAAGGAUGCGGUCAACGACAAGUCGUUCUGA